GGUCUACUGGAACCUGUUGGUGUACCCUUGAGACCGCGGACGGACAUCUCAAUGCACUUUAUAGUCGCUCUACUGCAAUCGGAAGGGUAUACAAAAAUUUGGGUUAUCGUGGAUCGAUUCUCAAAGCUGGCACACUUUAUACCUUUGGCUGCAGAAAUCUCUAUCAAGGCUCUAGCGCUGAUAUUUCUGAUGGAAGUUUGGCGACUCCAUGGGCUCCCAGAAUCUAUUAUAUCCGACCAUGAUAUUCGAUUCACAUCCAAGUUUUGGAUAAGCCUGAUGCAACAAUUGCAAUUGAAACUACGGUGAUCGACCGCUUUCCACCCUGAGACUGAUGGGCAAACUGAGCGGGUGAACCAGACCUUAGAGCAAUACUUAAGGAGUUAUUGUUCUUAUCAGCAAGAUGAUAGGGCAUCGCUACUACCUUUGGCGGAGUAUGCGUAUAAUACAUCAACCUCUGAGUCAACUAGGUUAUCUCCAUUUGAGAUCAACUACGGUUUCAACCCACGAACCAACUGGUCGGGUACUGUCUCAGAACAACAAGGUGUUCAACCCAGCAGCGAGCCAUUGGUAAGGAAUUGGGAAGGUGUCUGGCAAGAAGUCCGAGAUACAGUUAAGUGAGCUCAAGAGAGGCAAAGGAAGUGGCAUGACCAGAAACGGUUGCCAUCACCUGAAUACGUUAUGAUGGAACAUGUAACAAAUGGCCGGGCAAGGAAGGCAGACCGCGUGAUGCUAAAUCGAAAGAACAUCCGCACCAAGCGACCUAUGGAGAAGUUGGACCACCGAAUGUUUGGACCCUUUAUGGUCAGGCGAAAGGUUGGAAACCGAGCUUAUGAACUACAAUUGCCUGCCCGUUGGUCAAUCCAUCCAGUAUUCAAUGUCGGACUCUUAGAACCCUAUCGUGAGGACCCAAGUGGUAGAAGGACUAAGGAAGUCCCUGUCCCAGAGAUAGUAGACAAUGAGGCUAGUUAUGAUAUCGAGGCAGUCAUAGAUAGUCGAUGGUACGGUAAUAUGAAAGCGAAGUUUCCUAAUCGCUUCGUUCAGUACCUAGUUUCAUGGGAAGGCUAUGGCACAGAGGAAAACUCUUGGGAGCCAUAUGAGAUGCUAGAAGACACUGGCUUACAGGCCAUGAAGGAUUUCCACCAUCGGUAUCCCCACAAACCCAGA